CCCCGCCGAAGUAUGUACAUAUGUACCAUGGUUUUAGAGGUUCCAUCCGACGUGCUUCCAUGCAAACCCCGCUUUCUGCUCAAUGUGUUUUCUUCGGUGGGCGGCAGCUAUUGAAUGCUGCCUUCCCCGACAACAUUGCCGCCAACUUGGGGACCCCCCUGGGUUACACCCCUGCUUAGAGAACCGCUCAGCUUCCCAACCAUGGCAGAGCCGUUCAGUAGGAAAGCCAUUGCCAAGGCAUUCUUCGGCCUCGACAUCACCGAUGAUAAACCCUCCUCGACAGUGGGAAACCAACGCCCUAAGAAGGGGAGCAAGACGAAGGCGCCCAUCACAACGAAGCAGGAAUCCCGACUACUCAACUUGCCAGUCGAGAUCCGACUUCAAAUAUACGACCUGCUUCUCGUCAGCUGGUUCAAUCGCUGGGACAACCCAUCCUGGUCGGUCGGGAACACUCAUCAGAAGUUGAUCUUGUUGGAUUCCAUCAAGGAUCGACAGUACCGAACCAUGGAUCCGGCUGUUCUGCAAGCGUGCAAGCAAGUCUACUCCGAGGCGGUCCCGAUACUCUAUUCACGGAACGUGUUCCGCUUUAACGACCCGCACUUGAUGUUUCGGCUCAUGGUUCAGAUUGGGGAUACUAAUACGAAACUGAUUCGAUCUCUGGAUAUCUACGUGCCCCCCGACGCCGACAGAGAUUCGUGGUUGAAUCUCCUCCAUGUCCUUCCCACCGCCACCACGGCUCUGAAGACGGUCGUGAUGAGUUGGUGGGGGGAGGGGGAUGACAAGCUCUGUGAACGACUGAGCUUGGGGAAGGACGUAGCCUUUGCUCAGGCUCUAGCGGGGCUAUCGACAUUGGGCCUGGAGAAGCUGAAGAUUGAGGGAUAUUACGCUCAGAGCUGGCCUGCGUAUUUCAGAGACAAGUUCGGGGCGCGAGUGGUUGAGGCUGAAGAGGGUCGUCCACGCCCACCGAGAGACGACGACGAUGACUGGAUGCGCGAGUUGAACAAAAGGUCCUUGGAGGAUUUCAGGAAAUAUCAGGAGGGAACCGAGUUGCUGAAUCCAUGGGAAGAAGUUGGUAACGCAACAUUCUUCUGAAUCGCUCAACAUUCGUCAUACAGUGUUGUGUUAAGCACCAGUGUGAUCGGCGGCUACAAUAUGCUGGAUGACUCCCCUUUGUUCAUUGUUAUGUUAUUUGAGCCAUUGACGAGUUGGGUGUGUACUUGCGGGCAAUGUGAGGAUAUCAUAUUAGACUGGGGCGAGGCAUACAUGAGGGGGAGAGAGUCCAAGAGACUGAAGAUCAGGUUGAUGUUUCUACCCUGAUUCCACCCCACAAACUCAAAGCGGUGAUGGAGGGUUUCCAGCAGUCCCAUAUAUAGCCGUGAGGUCACCAAGCCCGCCCCUAAAUUUCCCCAUUCCCUUUAAUGGUUCGCCGGCCGGCUCGUCGCCGCUUUAUGAACCUGGCUCACGCAA